AUGAUUGUGAGAGUGAUAGAAGGAGCGUUGUAUGACACGUUCACUGGGGAGCGCGUGACGCCGCAGAGAGAGGCGGACGUGAGGAGAUUGAACCUUAUACCUUGGUGCGCCUUAGAAGUGGCCGACUGUCAGCCCGACGAGCGCCGGCGCAUGGACUACUCGUGCAACAACCCCCGCCACCCCCCUCGAGGGGCCACCCUCACCCCCUACUACCGACUACUACCCCCUGUGUUUGGGAGGAACUAUACAGCUCGCCCUGCGAAGGACGGGGCAGAUCUGCCUCUUGUUAGAGACAUCAGGGUGGCAAUAAUGUCCGACGGACGUCGCUCCAGCGAGCACUACACGCAGCUCACGUCGCAUUUAGGCGUAUUCCUCACCGGCGACGUGUCGUCUCUCCACGACACCGUCAACUAUGUCAUAUUCACUACGGACUGCUGCACGCCGGCGGGAGCGGUAGACCCGCGGUGUAUCCCGAUCAGAGUGGCGAACGACGACGUACAUUUGCGAAGAAGCAACGUCCGUUGCCUGAAUCUGACCGCACCCAUCACAUACCAGAUGUUAGGGUGUGCGCCAGCGAGCUUGCCACCUUCUAGGAUAAACACAUCCCCUCCAUUGAUAGACCUCUCCAUAAUGUACGGCAACAACGAAGCGGAUAUGCGCAAGGGCAAGGCGGGGGUCGGGGGCCGAAUACAGACGGAGCUCCUGAAGGGCAAGGAGUGGCCCCCCAGCGGGGCCCCCGUGUGCCUGCUCAACAAACCACAGCUGGGAGAGACCAGAUGCCACAACUCGGCCAACCUAGCCAUCAACGCGAUCCUUGGCGUAAAUCUCUUCGGCCUCUGGUUCAUACGGAACCACAACCAGAUCGCCAGACGCCUGGAAGAGCUGAAUCCCUGCUGGAGCGACGACCAGCUGUUCGCUGAAGCAAGAGACGUGAACAUCGCUAUAUGGCAGCAGAUCAUUUUUUAUGAGCUCAUGCCUUCUCUCAUGGGAUACGACUUCUUGCUGAAGCAGGGUGUGAUCUUCAACACGUACGGCCAUGUUGACGACUAUGACGAGGAGUUGGAGCCAGGAUUGAGCAUAGAGUUCGUGAUGGCGUACCGAUGGUUCCACACCAUGCAAGAAGGGCGGCUCAGGAUGUACGACAACAGCGGGAGGGUAGUAGACGAGAGGAACAUAGUAGACUAUACUCUGAGGACAGGCGCUCUGCCGGUGAACGAUACUAUAGACAAGGUCACGCAGGGCGCCUUCAGGCAGCCUGCCGCCGACGCGGAUUAUAUCGUGGAUCCAGAUGUGGGUGAAAGAAUCCUCGGCGACCUACAAUUCGCGUCCGACGUAGUAUCCUCGGACAUAAUGAAAGGCCGCGCCUUGGGGCUGCCCAGUUACAACGAGUACCGUCGGCUCUGCGGUCUGCACACUGCUAAGGACUUCGAUGAUUUGAGACAUUGGAUGAAGGAGGAGCAAGUGUCAUCGCUACAAACAUCAUACCGCGACGUGGACGACAUAGAUCUACACGCGGGCAUGAUCUCAGAGCAGGCCAUGCCUGGCGCCGCCGUCGGGCCCACUCUGGCCUGCAUCAUGGUGUUGCAGAUGAAACGGUGGCGGACUUCAGACCGGUUCUGGUACGAGAAUUCGGUGCAUCCCGGAUCGUUCACAGAAGAGCAAUUGUUCGAAAUCCGAAAGUCCCGGAUGUCGCGGUUGCUAUGCGACCACGGAGAGGGAGUAGACAGCAUACAGCCGUACUCCUUCUUGAUACCAAGCCCAGGAAAUGAUAUCGUGGAGUGCUCCGUGAUACCAGCGAUGAGCAUGUACCCUUGGAAGGACGAUGCCUGUUCUACGGAAAAACAAUUGAACGAAGAGAAGACGGAAAAAGGAUAUUAUAGCCAGUUUAGUGAUUAUUUACAAAAGCUGUUUUUACAGACAUAGAUGGGGGCAUUUUCAUUUAAAAGUGUAAUAUUAACUUUUUCUGAAAACCACUAGGA